AUGGAAGCCCCAAUACCAUUUCAGAUGCAAAGAGGGUCGCCAGACUGUAGCUGCAGGAGCCAUGCCCCGCCUCCUAGAGGCGCGCACUUCCGGCCGCAAGGGCGCUCGGGAAUGCAGGCCAUGAGCUUCCACCAACCAGCGGUCGCGUCGGGCCGGCGCGACUGCGCGCGCAUCGCGGCGCAGGGGGACGCGGGGACCAUGGAGCCUGCGGCUGCGCCCCGCAAGCGACGCGGCGGCGGGGACGGCGGCCAGGAGCGGCAACUUUGCCGCGGCCUGGAGCCGGGAGAGCCACCUCCCAGCGAGCAGGAGGAACCCCGGGGCAGCCGAGUUCCCGGCAACGACGACGGGAUGGGGAGCGCGGGCAGCGGAGCCGACCGGGCGCACAUCCAGCCCAGGGAAGAGUUUUGGCAGUACAAUACAUUCCAGUACUGGAGGAACCCUCUACCACCCAUUGAUCUGGCGGCUCUUGAAGAUGUGAGUGCAGACAGUUUGACAGAAACACUUCAGGACAAGAAUGAAGUAGUUGAGAUUGACAUGGAAUCCUGACAGGAGAAACUGAAGAAGUGGAUUUUUUUAAUUUGAGAAGAACUAAAGGAAAUGUUAUUUUCCGUCCUUGACAUUUGACAUGGUACUGUUGUCAAACCUGAAAAAUGAGGAAGAGUUUUGAGGCUUAAAUACUUGUAAUUACUACUGAAUAUCCUAAUGGAGAUUUGUUAAAGAAAUAACAUGGUUGGAGGCAAAAUACUUGCAUUUUUAAUGAACAGGGUUUUGUUCCUGCUCUAACUGUGGAGAUGCUUAUCUUGGAAAGGUGUUGGCAGCUUUAGAGGAAGCACUCAGCUCCUCCUCUCCUGCUCUGUCAAAUGCUCCCCUGCACCAAAAAGCUUUCUUGCGGUACAUGGAAUGAACACAUUUAACAUUUAUAUAGCUGAUGCUAAUAAAUACUUUCUAGUACAUUUUAUUGGCUCCUCUUGGUUGAACAAAUAGACUUGAGUAUCUAUGCAAAUUUAAAACGUGAGAUUGUUUCUUAAGCUAAUAUUGUUUUAGAAGUCUAUAAAUUUUAAACUAGUGAAAAUUUCCAUUUGGGUAGCUUGUUUUAACUUUCAGUAUUUGCUGUUUAUUAGAGGCAAUGGAUAUAGCCAAAAACUGGAUAAAGAGCAGUAAGAAGUAGAUGCCUGCCCCUCCUCCCCUUUUCUGAAGUGAAAGGAAUGAUGUGGUUGGUGUAUUGAGUUUUGGUUUGAGUACAUUUUGUUACUGUUGACUACUCUAGCCCUGCAGUUCUCAACACUGAUAGCACUUUAACAGGUUCUUUAUUUUUUUUUUUGAGCCCCACCCUAGAGAAAUUUUAUUCAAUUAUUUGAAGGUGGGCUUUACACAUAGUUAGUCUUUUGUUGUUGUGUUGUUUUGGGCGUCAAGUCUGCAUUCCUGUAAUGUGCAGACCUGGCCAGAACCACUAGACUAGGGGCUUUUCCUGUUUAAAGGAGACGCUAGUGAGCUGAAGAAUGCCUGUUUGUUAGUCUUGUCCUUAAUUUGUUACAUUAUUGGAUCUGUCACUUCUAAGUUAUUGUGUUACAAUUUUGUUGUUAAUAAAGUACACUGUUUAUGCUUGA